AUGGGCAACGGCGGCGAGUGGGUGGAAACUGUUAGAACACGGCAAAUAGCAGCCUUGAAGCAAGUAAUAAAUUUGAAUCAACCAGUUCCAACUUCAAUGGCAGUUGAGCCAGUUUGGAAGAUAUUAAUUUUGGAUCGUUACGCGAGAGAUAUUAUAUCGCCACUGAUCACGGUUAAGCAGUUGAGAGACCUCGGCGUCACUUUGCAUUUGUUAUUGGAUACGAAUCGAGAAUCGUUGCCUGAUGUGCCAGCCGUUUAUUUGGUGUCACCGAAUGACGAGAAUAUCAAAUACAUUUCUGAUGACCUGUCAAAGGUAAUGUAUGACAGUUUCUAUAUAAAUAUGAUCAGCCCACUGAGUCGACCUCGACUGGAACAAUUGGCAUCUGCAGCUGUACAUGGCUCAUCGAUUCAGCGUGUUCAAAAGCUGACGGAUCAAUUCUUAAACUUUAUCUCGUUAGAAGAUGAUCUCUUCGUGCUGCGAAGAUACAAUAGUGAUAGUCCGCUUUCAUUUUAUGCAAUAAGCGACCCGUCGAUGACAAAUCAGCAAAUGGAUAUGUUGAUUGAUACGAUAGUUGAUGGUCUGUUCUCGGUAUGUGCCACUUUGGGUAUUGUACCUGUAAUAUGUUGCCCGAAAAACAACGCUGCCGAACAAGUUGCCAUGCGUCUCGACCAGAAGUUACGAGACAAUUUUCGUGAUGCUCGUAAUAAUUUGUUCACUCAAGAAAAUGUCCGUGCAGGUCAACUGCAUAUGCACAGACCAGUGUUAGUGAUUGCUGAUCGAGGCAUUGAUCUAGCAACAAUGUUGCAUCAUACUUGGACAUAUCAAGCGCUGAUUCAUGAUCUUCUUGAAUUGGAUUUGAAUCGAGUGAUGAUGAAGGAUAAAUCUGGUCGAAUGAAGGAAUAUGAUAUGACGUCGAAUGAUAAACUGUGGUGUGAUUACAAAGGAAGUGCUUUCCCUCUUGUCGCUGAGGCUAUACAGCGCGAUGUUGAAGAAUACAAAAGUAGAGAGGAUGAAAUUAAACGCCUAAAACAAGCGAUGGGUAUGGAAGGCAUAGAAUCAGAUGAAACAAUGAGUCUCUUAACUGAUACAACCGCGAAGUUAUCCUCAACAGUCGUGUCACUUCCUGAAUUAUUGGAAAGAAAGCGACUGAUCGAUAUGCACACUAGUGUGGCCACUACUGUUCUUGAUCAUAUCAAACAACGGAAAUUGGACGUUUUAUUUGAAGCAGAAGAAAAGAUUCUGAAUGACCAACUGAUAGAUAGAAAGCUUAUUGAAUUGAUGCACGACUGUGCGAAUGCUGAAGAUGCACUGCGAAUUAUGUUAAUUAAUUAUUUAUGUACAGCGAAUAUCGCUGAGUCGGAAUUACAAGAGCAGAUAGCAUAUUUGAAAGAAGCGGGUAUCGACGAAUCCUCUAUCAAAUUUGUGCGGCAAUUGAGAUCAAUAUCGAAUAUGAAUCGAGUGACGAGUGAACACAGUGGUGGAGGCACUAAAACAGAUAGCAUGUUCACGAACCUUCUGAAUCGAGGGUCGUAUCUUUUUAUGGAAGGAGUCAAAAAUCUCGUUCCUAAAAAGCAUAAUCUCCCUCUCACUAAGAUGGUUGAUUCGGUGAUAUCUGGCACAUCGUCUUCAUCAACCCGUCCCGUCGAUGAUCAGUUUCGAUAUUUUGACCCGAAAUUAAUGCAUUCAGGCCGGGACAAUCAACGAACGAAACGUAUCGUAUCAGCACAAGAUGUUAUUGUUUUUGUUAUUGGUGGCGGGAAUUAUGUGGAAUAUCAGAAUAUAAAUGACUACGGAAAAUCGAAAGGUUUAUCGCGGAUAACCUACGGCUGUACGGAACUGGUUAAUCCUAAGCAAUUUACUGAUCAGGUAUGGUUAUCAGUGUUAUUAUUAUCGCAUCAUUUUUUUAAAUGUCAUAUAUCGUCGUAUUCUAAUAUUGCUCGGCUCAUGUAG